AUUUUGCCGAAAGCUGUUCAUUUUUGGGAAAGAGCAUUGAUGGUUCGUGAAACGAAAGGAACGAUACGACUUAACCGAAAAUGCGACAGUACUCAAGUUUUUGUCAAGGAUAAUCUUACCCAUUGCAUUGAUACCUGCAAAGCGGAAACGAUGUGCGGAGAAGUUGUGGUGCCUGAACAGCAUCUUGACGCCUGUAGAGUGUGCGACAAGGCUGGAUUGUACUGCCGGGUGGAGUUGGGAAGCGUCCCGGGCGAGGGCAUUGACGGGGCUGACUUCGUAUUCUACGUCUCGGCCAUGUCGACGGAGAGGUGCAAAAAGGGCCUCACCGUCGCUUACGCCGCCCACUGCCAGCAGGAAGCCGCGCUCGACAGGCCGAUAGCGGGCCAUGCGAACCUCUGCCCGGAGAGCAUCAGUACGAAACCCCAGGAGCUGGAAACGCUGCUGAGCACCGUGAAGCACGAGAUAUUACACGCACUCGGAUUCUCCGUUAGCCUCUACGCCUUCUACAGGGACGGACGUGGCGAGCCGAGGACGAAGAGGACCGAGACGGGGAAGCCACCCCUCAACGAGACGUUACAGACCCACCAAUGGAGCGACAAUACGAUACGCACGGUGAUAAGACAUAGCUGGCAGGUACACGGAGGUAGCGUCCGGCGUUCGAUGCAGAUGAUCGUGACGCCGCGAGUGCGCGCCGAAGUUCGGGCACACUUUGGAUGUCGAGACCUGGAGGGCGCGGAACUCGAAGAUCAGGGUGAGAACGGCACGGCUCUCACGCACUGGGAGAAGAGGGUCUUCGAGAAUGAGGCGAUGACCGGCACCCAUACCCAAAAUCCCGUCUACUCGAGGAUUACCCUGGCGCUCAUGGAGGACACUGGCUGGUACAGCGCCAACUAUUCGAUGGCCCAGGAACUCGGCUGGGGCAGGAAGUUGGGUUGCGACUUUGCUAUGAAGUCCUGCAAAGAAUGGAUCGUAUCCAAGUCCUCGAAGUUAUCAGGUAAAUCCAUUCAUCCGUUUUGCAAUAAAGUGAAGCGAGAUCCUUUGCAAACCGAAUGCACCGACGACCGAAGCUCCGUCGCUCUUUGCAACCUCGUGGAACACCCGCAACCGCUGCCUAAGCAAUAUCAGAAUUUUGAUUGGAUCCCGAACGUUCCGCGGGGCCGGGAAGAGUAUUACGGUGGUUCGAUCUCUCUCGCAGAUUACUGCCCUUACAACCAGGAAUUCACCUGGAGGGCCAACAACACAGUUGUUCGUGGCUCGCACUGCCUUUACGAGGACAACAAUCCACAUCCGCAAAAAAACUUCGCCUUGGAGAGGUAUGGUGGUAAAUCUCGAUGCUUCGACCACACAAAUCAGAUGUGGGAAGAGAGAACGUGCAAACAGGUGCGACAAUGGCAGCACUGGGGCUCCGGGUGCUACCAAUACAAGUGCGAGGCUGGACGGCUACAUAUUAUGGUCACGAAUUACACGUACACGUGUUACCACGCUGGCCAAGAGAUCGCCAUCAGGAUAAUGCAGAACGAGUGGCUUCACAAGGGCGCCCUGAUUUGCCCACCAUGCCGAGACCUUUGCCAGGAAGAGUUCAUGCUGCGCAACGAGAAAUGUAAGCCAGGCGAUGAACAUCCUCCGGCGACGUUCUAUCACCGUGACACCCUCAACUGCGACCGGGCAUCGAGCUGCGUCCUGAAUACGACAACCCUCAGCCUCAUUAUGGUCCUCCUCUUCGUUUUCAGAUGAUCAAAUCUGUGCGCCAGCUAGUUUACUUUUAUUUAAGGCCACACGUGGGGAGAGCGUGAGAGAGAAACGAAGAUGUUACGAAAGGGAGAACAUUAUCUGAUUAGUUU